CGGCGGCGGCGGCGGACGGCGCAAGUGGCUGAACGGUCCGUUGGAGAAAGUUUCCGACGACGGCGGCGGCGACGCGCCGACGCUUCCCGACGUCGUCUUCGCCCUCGACGCGCGCCCGGUCGUCAUGAAGUGCUCCGUGCCGUUCCCCGGGGUCAUCCAAGGCCGCCCUAUCGGCGACGGGCUCUCCAUCGGCGAGGUUGAAGCGAAGGUGUUGUCCGCGCUGCCGCCGCACGAAAACGUCGUGAAGCUCCACGCCGCGUUUCUCAGCGACGAGCGAAACGAGAGCUACCUCCUCCUGUCCGACGUCGGGGAUAAUCUCCACGCGUCGCGCGAGCGAGGCGAGGUCUCCCCGAAGGACGUCCGACGGCACGCGCGGAGCGUCCUUCGAGCGCUGAAACACUGCCACGCGCACGGGGUGACGCACAGGGACGUCAAGGGCGGAAACGUGCUCGUCGGAGAAAAUGGCGUCGCCACGCUGAUCGACUUCGGCGUCGCGCGCCACGCGUCCGUCGCGGACACGCUGCCGCCGGAUCGGUACGGCACGCCGGGGUACCAAGCCCCGGAGGUAUUGCUGUCGGACAUGUCCGACAGUUUGAAGGACGACGCGCGGUACGCCGCCGUGGACGUGUUCGCGCUCGGGUGCACGAUUUUUUUUCUGUGCGUGGGCCGCGAGCUGUACGGGCCUUCUCCCUCCGGCGACGGCGGGCUCGGCGCGAGCGGCGUCGGCGUCGGCGGCGGCGGCGAGGCCGAGGUUCAGCUCGGCGCGCGGACGAAGACGAAGGCGAGGGCGACCGGCGCGCAGGUCGCCGUGGACCUCG